AGACUGUUUCAAACCAAAAACCGCCCUUAAAUCCCCCAAUUAUCCCACACCACCCAUCACCCCCACUCUCAUAACAUAACCACCAUCAAACAUACACUUCAAAUUUCUUCAAACCCUACCUUUUUCAAUCAAACAAUUCUUGUAAUUCAUGGCGGAGGAGACCUUGAAGACCACGGCGCCGGCACCGGCAGAGGCACUGGAAGCUCCAGCAGCGGCGGCGGAGGUUGCCGUUGUGCCGGAGUCGGAGAAGAAGGAGGCGGUUGAUACAACGGUUCCGGUUGAAGUUUGUGAAAAGGAUGUAACGCCGGAAGCUGAGGCGGAGGAGAAGGUGAAACCGGUGGAGGAAGAGAAGGAGAAGAUUACUGAAUCGACGUCGUUUAAGGAGGAAUCUAAUGUUGCCGGUGAGUUACCGGAUCCGCAGAAGAAAGCGUUGGAUGAAUUGAAACAGUUGGUGCAAGAGGCGCUUAAUAAGCAUGAGUUUACUGCUGUUCCGAAGCCGGUGAAGGAGGAGAAGCCCGCGGAGGAAAAAUCUCCGGCGAAGGAAGAGAAAGCUCCGGCGGAGGAGGAAAAAGCUCCCGAGAAGGAAGAAAAAGCUCCGGCGGAGGAAGAAAAGGCUCCGGCAGUUGUUGAAGAAACUAAGGCGUGUGAUGAGGCUACCGGAAAAGAAGAAUCAACUCCUCCGGCGACGGUUGUUGAAGAAGCUAAGCCGGUGGAACCAGCGGUUGAGUGCAAAGAAGAAGAAAAAACUGUCACACCGCCGGCAGCACCAGCGGAGGUAUCGGAGCCGGUGCCUGAGCCGGUGAAGGAAGUGACGGAAGUAAUCGAGAAAACCGAAACCUGCGUGGAAGAAGACGGAGCGAAGAAGAUCGAAGCGAUCGAAGAAACAAUCGUAGCCGUCACCGGCUCAUCUGAGCCGGCGGCUAAGACCGAGGAAGCCGAAGCCGAUAAACCGGCGCCGGUUGAAGAAACGCCAGCUGUAACUCCAGAAGAGGUUUCAAUUUGGGGAAUUCCGUUACUCGCAGACGAGCGAAGCGACGUCGUAUUGCUAAAAUUCCUGCGAGCACGUGACUUCAAGGUGAAGGAAGCUUUCACCAUGCUCAAAAACGUCGUCGCAUGGAGAAAAGAGUUCGGAAUCGAUUCAUUAUUGGAAGAAGAUUUGGGAACAGAGCAAGAAAAAGUUGUGUACAUGCAUGGAGUUGAUAAAGAAGGUCAUCCAGUCUGCUACAACGCGUAUGGUGAGUACCAGAACAAAGAAUUAUACAACGAAACGUUCUCAACUGAAGAAAAGCGCACCAAAUUUCUCCGAUGGAGGAUCCAGUUUCUCGAAAAGAGCAUUCGAAAACUCGAUUUCAGUCCAGAUGGAAUCAACACAAUUCUUCAGGUUAUUGAUUUCAAGAAUUCUCCUGGACCGUUUAAGUGGGAGCUUCGUCAAGCCACCAAUCAAGCUCUUCAGUUGUUCCAAGAUAACUACCCUGAAUUUGUUGCCAAACAGGUGUUUAUCAAUGUUCCUUUUCUGUACCUGGCUUUCUACAAGGUUAUUAAUCCUUUCUUUACUCAAAGGACUAAGAGCAAGUUCGUGUUUGCUGGACCUUCAAAGACUGCUGAAACUCUCUUCAAAUACAUAGCCCCUGAGCUGGUGCCAGUUCAAUAUGGUGGACUGAGCCGCGAAGGCGAACAAGAAUUCACCUCUGGUGACUCCGUUACAGAAGAGCUUGUCAAGCCUGCAACUAAACAUACCGUCGAUUUCCCUGUUACCGAGACUUGCACAGUGGUAUGGGAGGCCAGAGUGGUUGGGUAUGAGGUGACAUAUGGAGCCGAGUUUGUGCCUGCGGCUGAAGACGGCUACACCGUGAUCGUCCAAAAAUCAAGAAAGGUUACAGCCUCUACGGACGAGCCGGUUAUCUGCGGGAGCUUCAAAUGUGGUGAACCAGGCAAGGUGGUCUUAACCUUUGACAACCAAACCUCCAAAAAGAAGAAGGUCCUAUACAGAAGCAAGAUCAAGGUGACAUCUGAUUAAGCCAGAUCAAGGGAUGUUUGUGAAAUUACCAAAAGGUUUUAUUUUAUUGUUAUAUUAAAUUUUUUAUUCAUGAAUUUAUAUUUGAUUUAUCUUUGGGGAUUUGUGGAAUCUUUUUACAUGGGAUUCUUUUUUGGGAUUUGUCUGUUUGAGUUUGCUUGCAAAUACUAUGUGAAUUGUUGGACUUUUGGACCAUGGAAAGUAGAGUAAAAAUUUGAAAUUUUAUACAGAUAUACAAGUGGAUUGUGACCA